UACUGCGCUUCAAAAAAAAUGGCAAAAUCAGUGAAUCCAAAGCUCAAGCCUUGGGUAAAGAACCUAUACUCCAACAGAGAAUACCCUGAUAACUACACGGAUGCCAGUUUUCUGAAGGACUUGCGUACAAAUUUGCAUGUACGGCUCUAUACGUAUCGUGUGGCCGCUGUGGGCAUUACAGUGCUCAACAAUCAGAUCUCAUGCAUAACCGGCUUUCUUAUAAUCUACUACCUGAUGCUGAACGACUCCGUGUCACCAACCACUAUAUUUGUGCCCACCGGUGUGAUCACAGCGUUUGGAUAUCUUUGGUACCGCGGCAAAAGUCUGAGCAUGGCGCUCCUGGCAGAGGAUUCCAAGACGCUGGUCACAGUACUUUUGUUUGGCUUCAUAUUCUCGCCCAUGCUACACACACUGACUCAGGCCAUCAGCACGGAUACAAUCUACACAAUGACAUUUUUCGUGCUCCUUGGCAACUUGAUGUUCUCCGAUUAUGGUCUGGAUGUUGCCAUGGUUUCUCCAGCGAUCUCUUUGAAUGCAGCCAUAUUCGGCGCCAUUUGUUUGGCAUCACGGCUUUCAACAUCCUACCACGCAUUUGUGCUCCUUGUCGAGGCAGCAAUAUUUUUCGUUUUAUAUCCCAUCAUGACAUCAGCCACUUGGCAUGAGUUCUACAUGAUCCCAAUCUUCUGCAUUUGUUGCUCGGCGCUAUAUUGGAUUUCCCAUCCAGUGCUCUGUCUUUAUGCGUGCACAACUAUCUUCAUUAACUUUAUUUGCCCGCUAAUCUUUGUACGACUUCAAAGACACAAGUUUAACAUCCACGGUCCCUGGGAUGAGGCCAUUGUGGAGGAGAACACCGAUAAAAAUCUCGAUGAGAACUUAUAGCAUCAGCUUCGCCUCUCACAGCAGCAGGGAGGCGACGUCGAUGAUGAGAUGAAGAACAGCUAAAUUUCUAGCAUUGGUUAGAGCUAUCAAUUAUCAAAAAAUUUGUUUUCAUUAAAUGCUGGUAAUUCUCAUCGUAUUUUACGCUGAGCAUAACCCAUUUGCAGAACAUGUAUUUCUAGGAAAAGCAUUCCAUUGAAAUUUGUUCCUAAUCCAUACUACUUUGUACAUAUAUUCUUAAAUGAUUGU